UCCAAAGAUUUUUUAUGUCCGAACAAAAGAUACUUCGGGUAUGAUCAUUGGUAGAUUAUAUAAUUGUUCUCUUCAUGGUGUGUGAUCAUCAUCUGUUCUUCAUUGGUACACAUUGCAGUUGUCCUUUUUUCUAGUGUUGUCCUUUUUGUUAGAUGAUGUUCCAAUGCCAGAUAUUUUGAUGAUGCCAGAUAUAAGCUAGCUUCGCCGCCUCACAGCUACAGCAAGACCCUGAAUUGGGCAGCAUCGUGAAGGACAAGAAGUCACUAUGAUGACUGCUCGAGGGUCACCAAGGUUGAGCCUCCUCAAAAAAGCUGUCGAAAGGGAUAGAGCAUCACCUCCUACAAGCAGUGUGACAAAGAGGAGGAGAGGGUCUCCCAAAGAAGAUAGAGCACAGUGGAAUGCAAGCCUUGAGAAAGAUCUUGUGGACUUGCUUCGUGAGCAUGAUACACCUGAACAUAAGGGCCAAAAUGGAUGGAGCUCAGAAGCAUGGAAUACGAUAGUGAAGAAAUUCCACCAAAAGAAUCCUUAUGCUAGGUACGAGAAGAAGAAAAUCCAAGAACAGGAAAAAGAGUUGAAAAGAGAAUACAAGAAGAUCAAAGAGAUAAGGAAGCAAAGCAGCGUUUCAUGGGACGACCGGCAGUGCAGGAUUCUAGCGGAUCCACCACUUUGGAAAAACAUCAUCAUAUCACACCCUAAAGCUGGAAAGUUCAAGACAAAAGGCUUCCCUCUUUUUGAAGCUUUGGGAGAAUUGCAUGAUGGUUAG